AUGGUCAAAAGGGAACCUGAAGAUACCCAAUCACCUUAUUCUAGUACAGGAAUUGUUAGUACUGGUGGUAGUCCCAAAACAUCUACUAGUACCCCAACAUCUUCUUCCACUAAUAACAGAAUUACUACCACUACCACUAGUCUACUAAAAUCUAAUUCAAAUUUACAACCUAUUGCCAUGACACCAUCUGGUUCAUCAACUUCAUCAACAAUUAAUAAACCAAAAUCUCAAGAAAAUAAAAGAAGAAGAGUCACACGAGCUUGUGAUACUUGUCGUCAAAAAAAAGUGAAAUGUGAUGGUAAACAACCUUGUAUUCAUUGUACAGUUUAUUCUUAUAAAUGUAGUUAUGAUCAACCUAAUAUUAGAAAUAAGAAAAAUUCCGGUAUACCAAUACCUUCACAACCAAGUCCUGCCAUACUACAAGUUGCUGCACAAGCAGCAGUCGCAUUUGGAUCCAACAACAACAACAAUAAUAAUAAUAAGAGUAACAAUGAACAACUACAACUACAACUACAACUGCCACCACAUCAACAACAACAACAACAACAACAAUACCAACCUUUACUUGCAGAUGAACCUAUUCCUAAAACUAAUUUAAUAAUUUUCCAACAAAUCAUCAAUUCAUUAUUACCUAAAUUACAAUUGAAUGGAUUUGAUCCAAAUUUACAAUUUGAUUUAAAUAAAUUUCAAAAAGUGGUACAAUAUGUAAUGGGGAAAUCACAGACUUUUACUUUAAAUCUUAAUGAAAUUACUGAAUUAAUGCAAGACCCAGAUUCACAAAUACCUCCACCACCACCACAACAACAACAACAACAACAAUCUGCAUCUGCUUCUUCAAAUCCUCAUCAUCAUCGUCGUACUUUAUCAGUUGGUUCAUUUGAUGAAUCUUCUAAUAGUGCAGUAUCCUCACCUCGUGAAGUUGGAUUACAUUUACCUUCGAAAGAAGUGGCUUUAAAUUUAAUUUAUACUACUUGGAAUAAAGCUUGUGUUUUAUUUAGAUUUUAUCAUCGUCCUUCAUUAUUAGAAGAAGUUGAUUUAUUAUAUUCUUUAGAUCCAAUGAAUUAUGGUGAUCGACAACAAAAAUUUCUUCCAUUUUUAUAUUCGAUAUUAGCUUGUGGAUCUUUAUUUAGUAAAACUCCUUAUACAAUGGGGACACCUAAUGAAAAUGAAAAAAAUUUAGAAGAUGAUGGAUUUAAAUAUUUUCUUGAAGCAAGAAAAUUGAUUGAUAUAAGUAAUGUUGGAGAUAUUAAUUCAAUCCAAACAGUAGUAAUGAUGAUUAUUUAUUUACAAUGUUCAGCAAGAUUAUCUACAUGUUAUUCAUAUAUUGGUAUAGCAUUAAGAAGUGCUUUAAAAGAAGGUUUACAUCGAAAUUUAACUUUAUUUCAAAAUUCUAAAAAAAAAUUAGAUCCUAUAGAAGAAGAUACUAGGAAAAGAUUAUUUUAUACCAUUUAUAAAAUGGAUAUUUAUAUUAAUUCAUUAUUAGGAUUACCAAGAUCAUUAAAUGAAGAUGAAUUUGAUCAAUUAUUACCAGUUGAAUUAGAUGAUGAAAAUGUUACUCGUACAGAUUAUUUAUUUGAUAAACAACAAGGUCGAUUAAGUUCUUCUGGAUGUGCUAAUCAACAUACUAAACUAAUGUUUAUAUUAUCUCAUAUUAUUAAAAAAAUGUAUCCUAUAAAAGUUAAACCUGAAGAAGCAGAAAAUUCUUCUAAUGUUAAUUAUUCACGAGAUAGAAUUCAUGCUAAAGUUACUGAAUUAGAAGUUGAAUUAAAAAAUUGGUUAGAUAAUUUACCUCAAGAAUUAAAACCAAUUGAUCCAAGUAGUACUACAAAAGAUGUUAUUGAUGAAGUACCAGAAAAAUUUCGAUUAGCUAAUUAUUAUCUUCAUUUAGCAUUUUUAAAUUGUCAAAUUAUAUUAUAUCGACCAUUUAUUCAUUUUAUUAGUGAUAGUAUGGAUGGAUCAUCAUCUGAUCCUAGAUCAUUAAUUAGAGGAAGAAAUUGUAUUAAAGUAGCAAGAAUGGUAGUUAAAUUAGCUAAUAAAAUGAUUGAUCAUAAAUUAUUAUUGGGGACUUAUUGGUUUUCAAUGUAUACGAUUUUUUUCAGUAUUGCUUGUCUUAUUUAUUAUUUUCAUUUUGCUAAUUAUAAUAAUAAUGGUCAAGGAUUUAAUUAUGUGGGGAUAUUAUUUGAUGAUGAUUUAAAUAUUGAUAUGAUUAAAAAAGAUAUUGAAAUUGGUAAAAAAGUUUUAGAUAAUUUGAAAAAUUCAUCUAAUAGUUCAUUAAGAAUUUAUAAUAUUUUGAAUACUAUGUUUGAACAAUUGAAUAGAAGAACUGCUUCAAGAUCAAGACAAGCCAAUGCUACUACUACUACUACUACUACUACUACUACUACUACUACUAAUGGAAAUUCUCAACCAGUUACAUUACCAGCUAAUUUCCAAAAUGUCAAUGUUAAAAAUACUUUUGAAAAUUUUGAUAAUAUGAAUCAUUUUAUUAAAAAGGAAAAAGAAAAUUUAAGUCAAUUAUUUGAUAAUACAUCAAUGGCUAAAUUUGAAUCAAGUUCAGAAAUUCCUAAAAAUGUUGCUAAUAUUCAACGUGUAACAACUCCAUUAGAAGAAAAUAAUAAAGAAAUUGGUGAAGUUUCUGGAGGUAAUUUAACUUCAAAUUAUAUGCCUGGAGUAUUUGAUAAAUUAGAUACACAAAUUUUUGGGAAAAUAUUACCUCCUUAUAUGUUAGAAAAAAAUGAACCCAUGAAUUAUAAUAAUAAUAAUAAUAAUAAUAAUAAUAAUAGCAACAAUAUUAAUAAUAACAAUAACAAUAACUUGAAUAAUAAUUCUGGUGGAGUAAGUAAUGGUGUAUCUUAUAAUAACGAUAAUGCUGCUAAUUGGCCAAUAAAUAAUGGUGAAGAUGGAUUGAAUUUAGAAGAUUUAUUUGGAUCUUUAGCUAAUAAUGGAAAUGGAGGAGGAUCUAGUAGUUCUAAUGGAUUAGAAUAUUUAGAUCCAUUUUAA